GGGAUCGCGAGACCCGUACUCCUCGACAUUGGCCGCCAUGGUGAGCCUGUUCCGCCUUCGCGCCGCGCGCCCCUCAGCUGCAUACCGCACGUUCUCGACGUCCGCACGGCGUGCUGACCGUGCCAUCGUCUACGCGAAGAACGGCGAACCUCCCUCUGUCCUGCGCGCCGUAUCCUAUCCCCCACUCGAGGCGCCGAAACCGGGCACCAUCAACGUCAAGUACCUCCUCUCCCCUAUAAACCCCGCCGACAUCAACGUCAUAGAGGGCGUCUACCCCGCCACACCAAGCCCGGACGCCUCCCUCCAAUCCCGCACGGACGGGCCUGUCUUCGUUGGCGGGAACGAGGGCCUCGCGCAGGUUACUGCCGUCGGGCCCGAUGUAAAGGGGCUCUCUGAGGGCGACUGGGUCGUCCCCAUCGCGCCUCAGUCCGGUACCUGGAUCACCUCCCGUAAUCUCGCCCCCGAGGACGUCGUCCGCGUGCCCCGCGCAGAGGGCCUCACCGAGGCCGGAGCAGCGAUGCUCACCGUAAACCCACCCACCGCGUACAACCUCCUGCACGACUUCGUCGAGCUGAAGCCCGGCGACUGGGUCUUGCAGAACGGCGCGAACAGCGCGGUGGGGCAGCUGGUCGUGCAGAUCGCGAAGGCGCAGGGGUGGCGGACGAUCAACUUUGUGCGCGAUCGGAAGGACUUUCGCAAGCUGGUGGACGAGAUGAAGGGCCUUGGCGCGGAUGCGGUGUUCACUUAUGAUGACUUGGCGGACAAGGGACUGCGGGAUACAGUGAAGGAGCUGACGGGCGGGAAGCCCAUCUCCCUCGCUCUCAACUGCGUCUCCGGGCCCGUAACCAGCAACAUGGCGCGCUACUUGGCUGCGAAGCCACCCACCAAGCCGCAUCUCGUCUCCUAUGGCGCCAUGUCGAAACAGCCACUCUCCCUCCCGACCUCCCUCUUCAUCUUCAAAGACCUUGUCUCUUGCGGCUUCUGGCAGUCCCGCUGGUACAGGACGCACUCCAAGGAAGAGAAGGAGGAGCUCAUCAGCAAGGUCGCGAACAUGGGGUUGAAGGUCCCCAAGCACGAGAUUAUCGAAGUUGGCGGCGAAGGCGCAUCGGACGCGGAGGUCAGCCAGCAGAUACAGGAUGUCGUGCGGCGCGUGGUGGAGGGUAAUGUUGGAGGCAAGGUGUUGCUGAAGGUUGCGUGAAGGGCGUACGACUGGGACAGACUAUGUAGACCAAAGCAUACAGCAUUUGUAUCAUUACCAUCCACGAUAGUUGGAGCCAAUUUAUGAGGACUGUUUACCUUGUG